GUGGUCAGCAUUUGCACUCCAUUAAGUCACGUUAAGUAACAUUUUGUUGCAAUUCCAGUAUUUGAGCCAGUCGUCAAGUCACGUAAAUCGGAGUAUAUUGAAACCAUCUGGAGUUUACACGACGAUUUAGGGUAACAUAUCUUUAGGGAGAAUCGAUUGCUCUUAGGUCCAAAUCAAGAUGUUCUACACAUGUGGACCCAAUGAAGCCAUGGUGGUGUCUGGCUUUGGUCGUUCCCCUCCUCUAAUGAUCGCUGGAGGAAGAGUGUUUGUCCUCCCCUGUAUUCAACAGAUCCAGAGGAUCACUCUGAACACCCUGACUCUGAAUGUGAAGAGUGAUAAGGUGUACACCCGUCAUGGAGUGCCCAUCUCUGUCACUGGCAUCGCCCAAGUGAAGAUCCAGGGUCAGAACAAGGAGAUGCUGGCCACGGCCUGUCAGAUGUUCAUGGGGAAGUCUGAGGCUGAGGUCUCCAACAUUGCUCUGGAAACACUGGAGGGGCAUCAGAGGGCCAUCAUCGCCCAUCUGACUGUUGAGGAGAUCUACCAGGACCGUAAGAAGUUUUCUGAGCAGGUGUUCAAGGUGGCCUCCUCUGACCUGGUCAACAUGGGCAUCGGCGUGGUCAGCUACACGCUCAAAGACGUUCACGACGACCAGGACUACCUCACCUCCCUGGGAAAAGCUAGGACAGCUCAGGUGCAGAAGGAUGCCAGGAUCGGAGAGGCUCAGUACAAACGAGACGCGGUGAUCCGUGAGGCCCAGGCCAUGCAGGAGAAGGUGUCGGCCCAGUAUCUGAAUGAGAUCGAGAUGGCCAAAGCCCAGAGAGACUACGAGCUGAAGAAGGCCUCCUACGACUACGAGGUCAACACCAAGAAGGCAGAGUCUGAGAUGGCCUAUCAGCUGCAGGUGGCGAAGACGAAGCAGCGGAUUGAGGAGGAGACGAUGCAGGUGAAGGUGGUGGAGAGGUCUCAGCAGAUCAUGCUGCAGGAGCAGGAGAUCACCCGCAAGGAGAUGGAGCUGGAGGCCACGGUGAAGAAACCUGCUGAGGCCGAGAGAUACCGUCUGGAGAGACUGGCUGAGGCGGAACGUGCACAGCUCAUCAUGGAGGCUGAGGCAGAGGCAGAGUCCAUCAGAAUGAGGGGUGAUGCUGAGGCGUUUGCUCUGGAGGCUAAAGGUCGUGCCGAGGCAGAGCAGAUGGCUAAGAAGGCUGAGGCCUUUAAACAGUACGGGGAGGGGGCCAUGGUGGACAUGCUGCUGGAGAAACUACCACUGAUAGCAGAGGAGAUCAGCAGGCCCCUCUCCAUGGCCCAGAAGGUUACCAUGGUUUCCAGUGGCGGGGGUGAGGUGGGCGCGGCCAAGCUGACCGGAGAGGUUCUGGACAUCAUGACCAGACUACCAGCUGCCGUGGAGAAACUCACUGGAAUCAACAUCUCACAGGUUGGGCUGUCCACCCGAAUGGGCUGAGAAUGGAGCCCAGUGACUGAGACAGUCUGCACCGUCAGACCAGGAACUCCAUACUGCCUCCUUGUGCCUAUAAUUAUUAUUAUUAUUACCUAGUGUAGUUGUCUGUCUGCAUGCCUGUCUCCUUAGGGCAUGUCUGUCUGCAUGCCUGUCUCCUUAGGGCAUGUCUGUCUGCAUGCCUGUCUCCUUAGGGCAUGUCUGUCUGCAUGCCUGUCUCCUUAGGGCAUGUCUGUCUGCAUGCCUGUCUCCUUAGGGCAUGUCUGUCUGCAUGCCUGUCUCCUUAGGGCAUGUCUGUCUGCAUGUCUGUCUCCUUAGGGCAUGUCUGUCUGUAUGCCUGUCUCCUUAGGGCAUGUCUGUCUGCAUGCCUGUCUGCUUAGGGCAUGUCUCAACACUCUUAUUCGACCUCCCCUCUUGCUUCCUGGUCCUUUUUGGCACUGAUCUGAAAAGAGGAUGGUUCCAGGCUGUAUGUUGUAAGCCUACUGGGGGACUGUGUCUCCUGGUCAUUCAUAACUGUUAGUUCAGCUUGGAUGAAGGAAAGAAAAGCACUUUGGACCCGCAUGACACAGCCUUCGUCGUUCUGGUAGUAACUCAGACUCCUCCACCAUUCUGUACUCUUUCCUCCGUCCGCUAAUCAGUGUGUUUUAAUCACUGCUUCAAGCCUGCCUCUGUCUCCCUCGAUUACAGGUUUGGGUCCAUAUAAACUGUUCAACUGUCACAUAGUUGUAAUUCAUAGAAUGUUAUUUCAUUGGGAUCUGGUUGUGUUUGAGAAAUGAUGUAGGAAAUAAUCAUGUCAGUAUGAGGUCAUCCAUGUCAUUGUUGAGUUUGUCAGCUGAUUGUUUUGUCAACAUUUGCAGUUCUAGAAGUUCUCAGCAUCGGAAGCUUGCUUAGUUGCUAUCAAUUGCUUUGCAAAUGAAUAAAUGCUUUUUACUUUCACUUGGAAGAAAUUAAGAUAUGUCCACAAUCAGAAUUUAGAUAAUGGUAGUCAUGUUAUUUAUACAUGACUUCUGCAUGCCUUACAGCAUUCCAGUACCUCUGUCUACCACCUUAUGGACAAAGUAGUUUUCCACUGUGCUCCCCUGACAGACUGAUCUAGCGUCUACUAUCUACUCAUAUCUCUAAGAUGACACUCUAGAAUGGCCAGUGCCUUGUUUUAGAGUCUAAUUAAUCAUAUCAGUACAAGCCAUAUUACAAUAGCCAAGUUACAUGCAGAUUAUGCUGUUUUUUGUAAAUCUGUGUUUUACGAUUUCUGUGCUUUUUGCCAUGACUGCCAUUUGUGUGGGAUGAGAUCACAAACUAUAUGAUGGGUUGGCACUAAACCUCUUCUAUGUGUUGGUACAAUACUGGCAUAGACACAAUCAAUGGAGUACUGACUCUGAUGGUAUCUAAUCUAAUUACCAAAACAAACAAGGAACUACAGAUUCUGUUACUAUACUGUUACUAACAGACAGAUUGUCAUGUACACCAUUAUGGCUUAGUUCCAGUGUGUUUCUAAACGCUUGACUUAUUAGACAGACAGGCCUUCGAUCAGAGCUUCUGCUGUGCUAUAACUGUAUAAAGGUGGAGAUAUUCUGAAGUGAUUGGAAGGAAGAGGGAGGGGGCAGACUGGGGCUUUCCUGCUGAAGGCUAACCUCAGAGGGCUCGAUCUCGGUCAGGUGUACUGUCAGUCACGUGGUGUGUUGUUUGAGGUGAAGGUAUGUGUGUAGAAGAGGGGAAUGGGUGCCAGUCUGUUUCUGCUCUCUUUUCAAAUCCUUAUAGAAUUGCCAUGCCAAACAUGUUUCCCUUGACAAUGGAACAGGCAAAAACACAAACAGACCUGGGACCAGGCUACAGACACGAGAGUAGUGGACUUCCAUUAAGUUGUAUGGUCCAGUGGGGUAUACAGGCACCUUCUAUAGAUUGGAGUAGACAAUAUACAUUUUAAUUAGGAGCUAUCCUUUCAUAUCGUAAUAUUAUGAUUAGAAUGGUGUAUUCUUGUUGUGCUGGUCACAUCCCUGUUUGAUCCUUUUGUAGUACAGGGUUGUUGUCAGGGACUUGUUCUAUACCAUAGAAAUAGAAUCCUUCUAAUUCUAUACCGCUGCUCAGGAUUCUAGAAGCUACUUCUCUCUACCGGAUUGAAUACUACCCCAAAGCUUACAUGCGAUCUGGCUGUCUAUGCAUUUUGUUACCAAGUGCCUGACUAAAUUGAAAGAUUCCCAUUUUUCUCUCAACCUAAAGGCUAAACUAUCACACCAGGUUAAACAUGAACAAUCUAGAGGCAUGCUAUGUCCUAAAGAUAUUAAUGAAAGCCAAUUUCGUCAAACCAAUUCUACUGCUUUCACUUAUGCACACACCUGUAUAUUACAUCAGUCAAUGAUUUGUGACUUCUAACCUUUUUCUGUACUGAAGCUGAAUGAAAUUAUUGUAACAACAUAUAAACACAAACUUUGAUUUCCUAACGUA